AUGAUAUUAGACAGGGACAUUCCAAGUGUGGGUCCAUUGACAAUAUGGAAGCCACCGGAUCCGGAACGGUACAAAGUGAACGUAGAUAGUGCAGUUUUCAAACAUAGGAAAAAAGCGGGAAUAGGUGUGGUGAUUCGAGAUGAAACUGGGGAGGUAAUAGUAGCCUUAAGCAAGAUAGUGAAUGCACCGUUGGGGGCCGGGGAGAUUGAAGCAAAAGCAAUGGAGGACAGGGUUUCUUUUGCAAGAGACGUGGGCAUUAGGGAGGCGGUGUUUGAAGGCGACUCGUUGAUUAUUUGCAAGGCCCUCCAGGGAGAUGGGGGAGCGCCAUCUUCCAUUCAAAAUGUGCUGGAUGGAACACUGGAUCUAACCUCCGGCCUUAGGAGCUUUGCUUUCUCUCAUGUGAAAAGAUAG